AAAACCUGUACUCAGUGGAACUUUGUCGCUAAUACAUUGAAGCUAAGAUAUAAUAGAAAUGAAACUGUGGUCCAAACUGCACAUACACAUAAUAAUCCAUUGGAAAUGGAAUUUGAAAAUGAACAAGGUGAUGAUGCAAUUCAACAAGAAUUGGAAUACAACUUAGAAAAUGAUUUAGAUAAAAAUGAAACAUAUCACUCUGAAUUAUCUGACCAAUGGGAUGAAGAAGAUUUAUACUCAAACUCUUGA